CGCGGGCAGAGGCCGCCGCGGCAGAUGCAGCGCACCCCGGAGGAGCACCGCGAGUGGCUCAAGCAGCGCCUCGACGAGCGCCGGGCGGCAUCGGCCGAGGGUGGUUCCGCGCCCAGGUCCUCGUCGUCCGCCGAGGGCGGCGAGCGCAGGCGCUUUGGCGGGCCCCGCGCAGAGGGCGGCGGCGCUCCUCGUCGGCCACGCGGCGACGGCGGCCGUCCUCCCUUUGGCGGCUCUGCGUCCGCCUCGGGCACGGGUCCUGCCGGUCGCGACGGCGGCAAGCCCCGUGCGGCGUUCCAGCAGCGCCCGCAGAUGCGUCGCGCUCCGCGCCCGACCGCCGCCGGCCCGCAGUGGCCGGCCGAGGCGACGCGCCCGCUCACGCCGCCGUCGACGGUGCGGUACCCGAGCGCCAACCUCGCCCAGCUCCUGCGCGCCGACCUCGCGAGCAAGGCCGUCCAGCUCAAGUGCUCGCUCGGCGGCGACAAGGUCGUCAACGAGGACGCCGACUCGCGCGAGGAGCGCGACCAGGCCAAGAAGCUUCUCGGCGGCGACUACUCGCUGUGGCUCGACGCGGGCAAGGCGGCCGGCGAGGGCGACGGCAAGGGCAAGGCGGGCAAGAAGGAGGGCGUCGUCGAGCACGCGCGGGGCAUCCUUCGCACGAACGCGAGCGUGCCUCUCGGCGAGCGGCAGGUCCUCCUCAACAAGAUCCGCGAGGCUGUACUCUAGUUGUCUCUGUGUCACUGUGCAACAUCGUUCGACCCAUC